AUGGCAGCCGAGAACCCCGAUACCCACACUCGCCCGUCCGGAUGGGACGCUCAGUGGUUCGGCGAGAUGAACCGGUGUCCUUGGUUGGGUCAAGGAGACUUCCUCGGCCCCCUAUUUGAGAAGUUCACAACCCUGGCGAUGAUGGCAGGACGGCGGUCGUUUGGCCGCCCGACGACGGUGUUCCGAACGGGUCGCUGGCUGCUCUUCCAAGCCUACCUACCGUUCAGUGAGGCAAGACGAGCGGCAGGCAAGAAGAAAACCAGCUACACAGAGGCCUUCUCCCUCGACAACAACCGGCUCAGCAAGCACAGCCGGGCCAGUUUGCAUGCGUGUUCCAACGGAUCGGACGUCUAUGUUGUGACCCCAGUCGGUAAUCCGCGGCCGGGUCCGCGGGCCGGGGGCAGGUCCGGAUCGGGCUGGGCCCGUUUCGGCGCUUGUCGGAAACAGGCCGCCACGGGGCCGGCCGGCCGGCCGGCUAUUUUUGGCCCGACCAUUGGUUAG